AACAGAGAGAGUAAUAUCUUUCAAUCUAACGACCGAUUCAUAAUACAAUUUAUCCGAUAGAAAAUUAUCAAAAGUGUCAUAUAAAAAAAUUAACACAUCGAUAUCAUUUCAUCCCGAUAAACAAACCCUUAAAAUAUUCAAGCCUAUAUAUAAUGUGAUGUGAUGAGGGGAAAAUAAUAACCAUACUAAUUGAGAAGUGAGAGACACAAACAAAGGUCAAGAGAAGAGAAGAGAUCUGAUCCAAUCCAAACAUUAAUAAGGGUAUCCCACUCAUCGCCGACACUCAACCCUAACCUAACCACACCAUGUGCAAACAAUGAAAAACACUAUACCUCACCUUUCUUUUCCAAACCCAAACAAAUACCUGGUCCACCAAAUUUCAAUACCUUAUUCCCUCAACUUGCUCCAUUCUCAUCCAACGCCCACAAAUCUCCCAUAACCCCAAAUCUCGAUUCCAACCCUUCGAUCAUAAUCCCUUCUUAUACAGUACUCAUCACUAUCACCACCCCCACCCAAAAAUAAAUUAAAAAAAAUAACAAACACCUCUUUCACUCCUUCACCAAUCCAAACUCUUUCUCAGUUUCAGUUCAGAUCUGUGGCCACACCAAAACUACACAUACAAAAUAACACAACACAACACAUAUAUUUUCAUUCAAAUUUUCAUCAUUUUUCUAUUUUAUUUUAGUGGUCAUGGUGGAAGCACAAACAUGGACAACAAGAAGAAUGAGCAAUCCAAGAUUACUAACAUUAGACACAAACGACCAACUUCUAGAUAUUCCAGCAACACCACCAAGUGAUCAAAGAAACAACAACAAUCAUCACCAUCAUCUCAACAACAUCGGAUCCAACAAUCUCUUAACAACUUCUCUCAUAAUCGCUUCAUGGUACUUUUCAAACAUAGGUGUUCUUCUUCUCAACAAAUAUCUCCUAAGUUUCUACGGUUACCGUUUCCCUAUUUUUCUUACAAUGCUUCAUAUGCUAUCUUGCGCUGCUUACAGUUACGCCGCCAUAAAUCUUCUUCAAAUCGUUCCUUUUCAACAGAUUCAUUCUAAAAAACAGUUUCUAAAGAUCUUUGCGCUUAGUGCAAUUUUCUGCUUCUCAGUUGUUUGUGGAAAUACCUCACUGAGAUAUCUUCCUGUUUCGUUUAAUCAAGCAAUUGGUGCAACGACGCCGUUUUUUACGGCGAUUUUUGCUUUUUUGAUUACUUGCAAAAAAGAAACAGCAGAGGUUUAUCUUGCUUUGUUGCCUGUUGUUUUAGGGAUUGUUGUUUCGACGAAUAGUGAACCUUUGUUUCAUUUGUUUGGUUUUUUGGUUUGUGUCGGUUCAACUGCUGGUCGUGCUUUGAAGAGUGUUGUUCAAGGGAUUAUAUUAACAUCUGAAGCUGAAAAGCUUCAUUCUAUGAAUUUGCUUCUUUAUAUGGCUCCUUUGGCGGCAUUGAUUUUGCUUCCAUUUACUUUGUAUAUUGAAGGCAAUGUGUUUGCGAUAACAAUUGAGAAAGCGAAAACGGAUCCUUUUAUUGUGUUUUUGUUGAUUGGGAAUGCUACUGUUGCUUAUUUGGUUAAUUUGACUAAUUUUCUUGUUACUAAGCAUACUAGUGCUUUGACUCUUCAAGUUUUGGGGAAUGCUAAAGCUGCUGUUGCUGCUGUUGUUUCGGUUUUGAUAUUCAAAAAUCCGGUUACUAUGAUGGGGAUGACUGGUUUUGGGAUUACAAUCAUGGGUGUUGUGCUUUAUAGUGAAGCUAAGAAGAGAUCUAAAGGUGCAUCUCAUUGAUGAUGGAUGCACAUUUUUUUGGAUGGAUUUUCGUAAAGGCGUAAACGGUAUUUCUUACUUGAAUCCUUUGAUAUUAAUAUUGAUAAUUGUUGGGAAAUUUUUAAUUUUGAUUAAAUUGUAUUUCUGUGGAAUUGGAUCUGAUCAAGUUACAGCAAUUGGACUGUAUAGGAAGAAGAAGAAAGGGAAAGGGUUACUUAGUUAUGUUUGUUUUUACAUUGCCUAUUGUGUAACCUUAUAUUAAGUCCCUUUGGAAACAUACAUUAAGGAUUUAUAGGAAAUAUAAAGCUACAUUUGUAUUUGUGAGGGAGGAAAAUUCUCCUUUGCUUCAUUUUGUUAAUUACAUCGUCCAUUGUUUCAAUUGUGUCUUUUAUCAUUUGUUAUUGUGAA